GAGCUGUCAUUUUUUACUUUGGAAUCGCUCCGCGAGGCCUACCGGUUUUCGAUUUUUUUAUUUUAUUAGCCUAAUAACUUUAAUCGUAUGCAGUAAAGUUAUUUACAUAUUAGUGAAUGUUUAGUUAGAAUCACUGUGCCCAUUAUAAGUGUUUUGUGUACAAUUAAUUAGCUCCAAACAAUCGAGAUGUUUAAACUAAGCAUAAACCUAACUAGAAGUACUUCUUUAGCUCUUAAGCGCACAAUGUCUUCCCAAGAACCUGAUGUUCUGUUUGAAACACUGAAUAAUGCUGGCAUCGUCACACUAAACCGACCAAAAGCCUUGAACUCAUUGAACACGUCCAUGGUAACAAAAUUGCUGCCCCAACUACAGCAAUGGGAGAAGCAAAAAACACUAGUUAUAGUUAAAGGUGCUGGGGAGAAAGCCUUCUGUGCUGGCGGAGACGUUAAAGCAGCAAUCGAUAAAGUAGAGGGUCCCAGAUUCUUCAGAACUGAAUAUAAUGUAAACUAUGUUAUCGGUAACUACAAGAUCCCAUAUGUAGCGAUUAUCAAUGGCAUCACAAUGGGAGGAGGCUUGGGGAUGUCUGUCCAUGGGAGAUACAGGGUGGCAACUGAGAAGACUGUGAUAGCGAUGCCUGAGACAAAGAUUGGCCUGUUCCCUGAUGUGGGUGGCUCAUACUUCCUGCCACGGUUGCAGGUCAACCUUGGGUUAUACUUAGGAUUAACUGGGGACAGAUUAAAAGGCAGUGAUGUGGUAAAAGCCGGCAUUGCCACUCAUUACGUGCCAAGCAAACGUCUGCAUGAGUUAGAAAUGCUGCUGUCCCGUUGCACCAAUGAGAUGGAGGUGGACUCGUUAAUCAACAAGUUCCACGAACCACUGGAAGAGUUCUCCCUGGCCCCACAUAUUAAACACAUCAACUACUGCUUCGCGGCAUCAACCAUUGAAGAAAUAAUUGAGAGGCUUGAGAAGGUCCAGAACGACUGGUCGGUGAAAACAUUGGAGACGCUGCACCAGAUGUGCCCCGGCUCGCUGAAGAUAACGCUGCGAGCGUUACAGCGCGGCGCACAGCUGGAGCUGGGCCAGUGUCUGCGCAUGGAGUACCGCCUCGCCUGCCGCGCCACCAUGAACCACGACUUCCCUGAGGGCGUUCGCGCACUCCUCAUCGACAAGGACAACGCGCCCAAGUGGCAGCACAAGACCCUGGCAGAGGUUGACGACGACUACGUGGAGAGCUACUUCAAGAAGCUGCCGCAAGACCAGGAGCUCGUCUUCCACGACGCCAAGCUGUGAGCCAGUUUCACGUUACGGGCGGGUGCAUUUAGUACGUUGUCUCGCAAGAACUGACUGAACCGUCGUUUGUUUUCAUUUGAGUCAUGAAAUAACGUGAUAGAACAAACUACACUCGCGAGCAAAAAUAUGGAAUCAUCCUAUUUGUUUCGAGCGAUCACAAAAACUAAAUGACUAAUAGAAGACAAAUAAAAAUGGUACCAUUUUAAAGGUAAUAUUAUAAACUUUAAAUUGAUACCACAGAUACAUGCAUAGUCAUUCAGUUCUUAAGAUCGCUCGGAACAAAACACAAGGUGGUGAUUCCAUAUUUUUGCUCGUAAGUAUAUUUGGCACUUGUAAAGUGCUUUGAAUUUGAAUCAAAGUAACCGCAUAUUAUGAUGCGUAUUUUUGAAGCAAUCGAACGAUACUGCGCACAAAAAAUUGGUCCAUUCCUAUUGAAAUUCUUCCUAUUGGAAUCACAUGAGUCACGAAUUCUGGUAAAGUUCCAAAAUACUGAACUGUCCUAUCCAUGACAUUGACAGUGGGGCGCCACCGUCAAUACCGGAUCGCUGGUUCCGAUUUUUGCCAUGUUGGAAACCAUAUAGUUGAACGAUGGUAGCGCCCCCCUGUCAUUGAGUUUGGUGGGACAGUUCGGCGUGGGUUAUCUAUAGUAAGUAUAGGUGUGAUGUCACAGUGACGCUUUUAGUUUCAUUUAUCCUAAGACGUCAGAUCAGAGGAGGUAUCAUGUCAGAUCUUGUGAAACAACUUGAUGUAAUGAUUGGUGCAUUGUAGUUUAGAAAUAAGUAGAAAAAUUAACUACUUUCUCAUAUAAUUGAAGUAAAAAGUAUAUUUUGAAAUCAAUUUUCGUACUUAUAAUGUAAUUAUUUGAAUUUAUACAUUAUUUACUUCAUAGAUUGCUAUUUACGUUUAGCAAAAAAAAUAUGAUUCGUAAAAAUUAAAUGUUCCAUAAAAACAACACAGUGUCGUGUCGUAUAGCAUUACGUCUAUGAUAAUAAUAUAAGUGUAAUAAAAUAUGAUUGUAGUUAGCAUCACAGUUGGCAAUUAGUUAAAUGAGCGGGAUCCGGCGUGAGAAGUAUGCCCUCGCAACUAUUUAAACUGUGUGUCAAAUAACCGGUAGAUUUACAUCGUCAUUGGUUAAAGAACCUGGAAUUGGAUUAUUUGAGACAAAGGGAUUAUCUUUAAUUAGUAGUAUAGCCAUAGUAGCUUAGUCUUUGGUGGUGGUCAUUGGUAAGGUUCAAGUUGCAUUAUGCUGUUAUGAGCCAUUUCUUGAUAUUGAUAGCCAUUUAGCUGUAUCUAAAUAUAGCAAAAUCGUGGAUCGAAUAGUAUCGACAGUUUCGACAGAAAUGAAUACUUAUAAUACAAAGUGCAGCCUGGACCAAAGUAUGUGAAUAAUAAAUUCAAAUUAAUCUAUUUUUCGCGACAUCGUAAUAUGUGCGAAGGAUUGCUAUUCACGAACCGGAAUAUGUCAAUUUACAUACAUUCGCUCUUCUAGUCUUCAUCGGUCUUGUUACUGUUUUAUUGCAAAACUUAUAUUAUGAAAACUUAUCAUAGACUCAUAACGACUCACCGAGUUGUAUAGAUAGAGAUAGUGUGAAUGAGCCUUUGCAUUAAGUUACAACUUCCCUAGAACUAAGUGCAAUUCUUUUUAUAGAUUUAUUCAAUUAAAUAUCUCAUUCGAGUGCCUGUAGUUAAUGUCAACGCAGACAAUAAACAAGAUGCAUUUAUUUUUAUGAACUUUUGUAGAUAUCUACGUCAUAUUUUGUGUAUGGAGAUAUUUUAUAAAUAGCGGUGAGUGUCUCGAUGCUGUUUUGAUACUGGAAAUGUUAUUUAAUAGAAAAAUUACGUAAAAUUGUUAUAGCUGAAAGAUGAUGAAAAAAUGUGAUAUUUUUAUUGAGUUGGCAAUGUUGAAUGAAUAAACCACGUUUAUAAUGUG